AUGGACUACGAAGAAGAUUUGAAUGCCCCUGUUUGGGACGAAUUGGGUGCUAAGGAUGAGCCGGCAAUUGCUGAACUUGGUGAAAGGUUCAAUAGCCUAUCCAACAAAGAUCAGAUCCAGGAUACGAACAAUGAACUUCCAGAAGCAGCGAAGACAGUCGCUGAGGGCGCUCAGGCGUGGAAUAGUACAAAUCAGGAGAAGAAGGAAAAUCUUUUGAAGAAACUGGCACCAGAGGAGGAUCCUCUCUUGGAUAUACAGACUACUGUGAAGGAAUCUAAUAUUGACUCACCGGUUAAAGCGAAGGAGGAGCCCUUGUUCUCGGGAAGUACCUACAUUGCCUUUCCAGAGCUGAGCGACGUGAGUGCCCAGGGUGACGAAACCAACGAAGCACCUUCGUCUGGCUCCCAUAGGUCUAGUACUAAGCCACAGGUUCUGUUUAAUUCUGCAAGGAUUCGACGUCGCCCAUUAUCCAGCCAUGCACUAGACAGGAAUGCUACAACUGAGGCCAAGAUAUCCGAUCCGCUGGGCGAAAUUAAAAAGCAGGAGGAGUUUGUCGAUGAGUCAUUAGAGGAACAACAAGUACCUGAAUCGGCGGGGAGUGCUAAGGGAACUAGCAUUCUGCAGCAGGUGAAUGAACCGCUUUUCAAGCUGUCUCCUAGAAAACCCAGCGGCGUGAAGGAUAACGAGGAAACGUUGGAAAGCGACGUAUCAGGAGUCACGAAGAAAGAUGAGGAAGAGAGUAAGCUAAUUGAGUUCAACAUAGAGGUCAAAGAUCCUGUAAAGGUUGGGGAACUCACGUCUAUGCAUGUCGAGUACACAGUGGAAUCUAGGUCAGAGGUAUUUGAAGGGUCUUACGCUAAAGUAAUAAGACGGUACAGUGACUUCAGAUGGCUCUAUCGCCAGCUUCAGAACAACCAUUGGGGUAGCAUAAUUCCGCCGCCACCAGAAAAGCAAACCGUUGGUAGAUUCAAGCAGGACUUUAUUGAAAACAGAAGAUGUCAAAUGGAAAGGAUGCUUCGUAGGAUCGCUGGUAAAGCUAGUCUUCAAAGUGAUCCAGAUUUUCUGUUGUUCUUGAAAAGCGAACAAUUUGCCAGUGAUGCUAAAAAGCGGGAACAUAUAACGGGAUCUGGCGCUUCUAAUGACAGCAAUGAUCUCUCGGAAAUAUAUAUCAGCGAGAUUCAGCUGCUAGGCGCUGAGGACGCCGCCACCGUACUGAAAAACGGCGGACUCGAUGCUGAGUCGCAGAAGAGGUUCAUGAAUAUUUCUUUCUCUUCACCGCCAAAGUACGUUGAGGUAGACGAUUUUUUUGUUGAACAGCGGCAGAACAUAGAUCUCUUGGAGGAGAAAUUGAGCCAACUAGAUAAAUCUCUGGUGUCAGUGGAUUGCCAAAGAAAUGAAUUAGCCUCGGUUACUGAAGAGUUCGCUAGAACCAUCGAUUCAUUAGCAACAUUGGAAGUAACCAAGAAAAGCUCGGACUUACUAACAAACUUUGCACAAACGCAUAGAAGGAUAAAGGAAUCUCUAGAAAGAACGUCUUUGCAGGAAGCUCUCACUCUUGGGAUAACACUAGAUGAGUAUUUACGAUUGUUGUCCAGUUUGAAAGCGGUCUUCAAUCAGAGAGCUAAAUUGGGCCAGUAUCUUGCAAUAGUGGAAGGAGACAUGACAAGAAAACAGUCUUCACUGGAGAGGCUGCAGAAAAAUUCUGGACAAAGCAGUUUAGAUAAACUCAGUACAAACAAAAAUGAGUACUUAGUGUUGAAACGGAGAUUCGAAAUCAUCAAGAAAAGCUGGCAAGACGUGGGCAACCGGAUUAAGGUAGAGAUCAGCUCCUUUGAUGCCGAGAAAGUCAAAGAUUUCAGAAACAGCAUGGAAAUUUUCCUUGAAUCAGCCAUAGAAGGACAGAAAGAGGCUAUAGAGCUUUGGGAAACCUUUUACCAAAACAAUUUAUAG